AUGGAUAAUGCUACUGGUAAUAACCGGCAGCAAACCGUCAAACCCAGUGAAAAGGCCAAAUCCACCAAACCCAGUGCAAAGACCAAAUCCACCAAACCCAGUGCAAAGGCCAAAUCUGUUAAAAGGCCUACUGGUAAUGACCAGCAACGUGUGGUUACAUCCAGUCAGCCUAUCGAUAGUUCGACUGAAGAUGAUGUGCCAUUGCCUAAGCCUGGUGACAAGUCUACCCGUGGGAUUGCUAAAAGAAAGCGGACUUUGAGCACGGAAAUUCUGGAAUCUCCGAAGCGAUCUUCUCUGGGUAAUGACCAGCAGCUACCAGUAGCUACUGGUAAAUCCCACUCACGAACUACAAGAGGAAUCCCCACAAAGAGUCCUCGAAAGCAAGUCCCUGUGGAGAUUAAAGACACAAUCGAAGAAGACGCAAUCGAAGAAGAUGCAAUCGAAGACGCAAUCGAAGACGCAAUCGAAGACACAAUCGAAGACCCAAUCGAAGACACAAUCGAAGACCUAAUCGAAGACCCAAUCGAAGACCCAAUCGAAGAACCUACCCCAAAUGACCAGGAGCUACUAGUAAUGACUAGUGACAGCGAUGGAGAGCUCUCGGAUCCUCCCUCUAAUCUGGAUGAUUUCGGAGAUGAUGCAACUGAAAUUGAGUCAUCGAAAGCAUGGAUUACAAUCCACGGGAAGAGGAAUAAAAAGGGUAAACUGCCAGUGAAGUAA